GGACGAGCACACCGCUGACCCGUAUCACACGGGCUACGAGAUGCCUUACAGCGGGGUCUCCACCGGCCCGUCCUAUGGGCCCCCCCAGCCUUGGGCCCACCCGGAAAUGCACGUGACGCAGCACCACAUCCUUCCCAUCCAAGCCAGGUUGGGCAACAUCGCCGAAGUGGACCUCGGCAUCGCUCCGCCCGUCAUGAAGAAUUUCAAAGAGUUCCUCCUCUCCUUGGAGGACUCGGUGGACGAGACGGAAGCCGUCAAGCGCUACAACGACUACAAGCUGGACUUCCGCCGCCAGCAGAUGCAGAACUUCUUCCUGGCCCACAAGGAGGAAGAGUGGUAGGUCUCCCCUAGGUUUGGGACGCCCACCCUGGAGCGCGGGGGGCGGGGGAGGCACCG